AUGAGUGACAACAUUGGUCGACAGGAAAACCUCGAAAUGCAGAGACUUUUCGAUAUUGGAGAUGAUGGGAAAACUGUUUUCGAUCAACAUCUCCUUAAUUCGCUUUGCAUUCAAAUUGGAGAAAGACCGGUAUCCAUCAUUUCGACAGCUGGCAAAUCUCGGCAGGGAAAAACCUUCUGGCUGAACGUUUUAUUGAAUGGACUGCAGAGGGGAAAAGCGAGAUUCGAUGAUCAUGAAACGAUUGGCGGACCCGGCUGUAUCCAAUUCAAAGCCGGCCUCACCCGACACACUCGUGGCAUAAUGGUUUGGCCAAAAGUCUUCCAUCGAAAAGGCAAAUUUGGGAAAGAGAUAGCCGUCAUUUUAAUGGACACCCAAGGCACUUUUGACCUCCACAGCGAAAUCGGAAAUGCGGCUGUGAUCUUUGCCAUCUCGUUAUUGAUGUCCUCAGUGCAGAUUUUCAACACAAAAAGCCAAAUCGAUGCUCAGGAUCUUGACGCGCUCAACACGUUCAUCACGUUUUGUCAAAGAGCUGACGGAAGAGUUGGACAGAACUUUCUGAUAAUGGUGAGAGAUGCGAUCCGAGCUGGACCCGACAACGAGUACAUUGAGGAGUUGAAAGCACAAUCCCAGCAAGCACCCAAAUUGAGAAUGUUACUCACCGGUGUUUUGGACUCAUUCGAGAAAGUUGAAUGUUUUAUGGUGCCCAGACCAGCUGAGCCGGUGAUUCGAGCGAGUGGCGAAGUGCCGGUGAAAGAUUGCGGCUCGGAUUUCCUCUCCGUUCUAUGCGAUUGUGCCAACCAUGUGCUCGAUAAUUUGGUUCCGAAAAACGUGAUGGGAACGAUUUUGACUGGUGAAACUCUGAAAGAACAUGUAGAGAGUCUUGUUAACCACGUCACACACAAUCACCACCAUGCAAUCGGCUCAGCGUACCUGGCUACUUCACAACUUUACUUUCAAAAAGCUCGAAUUACUGCUGAAAGCUUUUUCAACGAACAACAUGAACAGUUAAUCCGAGAAAACAGUCAUCACCCAAUCCAACCUGAACUCUAUGCAGAGGAAUUGAAGAGAAUCAGCAACGAAGCUGUGAAGAUCUAUCUGGUCAGCCCAUUUUUCGGCACGGCUGCAGAGAAACGAUCACGUUUCAACGAUUUCGCAAAGGGAUUGCAGGAUCGUUGCUUGGAAAAAACGGAAAAUAAUGAGAAUCGAUAUAGAGAUAUUCGGCUGGCUGAAGCGGUCAAUGGGAGUUAUUCGGUUUAUGAGCAGGGAAUGCGGCUAGGCAUCGAGGCUCUAGUCAAUCCCGAUGACCCGGCACUCAUCACCGAGCGACACAAUCAAGCUAAUACAGAAGCGAUGAGCUAUUUUGAAAAAGCUGUUUCGGAAUUCUCUAAAGAGACACAAUUGGUGGAAACGAAACGAACGCUGCUUUCGAAUAUGAUCAAGGUCAAGUUCGAAGGUCUUACACGCGAAAACGGUGCUAGGAAUUUAGAGCGGAAAGGAAAGGAAAUUUUCGAGAAACUCCUUGAAGAGCAUAUUGGGAAUUUGAGAGAGUGCAUCUCCACUACAACAAGCGACGAACAGAUCUCAGUGAACUUGCAGAGAUGUGCGGAGAAGUUGCAAACUCGAUAUGAAACAAAAAGGCUAGAGUUGACUCUCGAAGUGAUGAACACACUGCCGACCGUCUCACCGCAAACAAUCUCCCAGAUUCUCGACAACAAUCGUCAGGCUUUCACAACACCGUUCAAGAAAUGUGAAGACGAUUUUGUUUCUGAAGUUCGUGGCAAAUUGAGAAUGGAACAAUUGAUGGAUAAAAUUGGAAAAAUGGAGCAACUUCGGGUCAAUGAGAAGCAACGAUUUGGAGCACUUCAAGCAGAAACUGAGGCUAAAUUUGAGCAAAUGAGAAGCGCUUUGGAAGAAGAGCAACGCCGACGCGCCACAGCUGAGUCGAACAGAGAAAACAACGAGGCGAUGUUACUCUUAAUGAAUCAUAUGAAAGAGAGCGAUGUUCGACAACGAGAACAGUACGAUCAAGAACGACAAGCGGACGCUAUUCGAGAAGAGAGACGACACCAAGAAGCUCAAGAAAAAGUCGAUCGAGUGUGGCAACAAAGGGUUUCUGAAGAAAACGAGCAGAGACGCGAAUAUCAAGAGCGAUUGGAUCAAAUGGAAAGAGAGCAAAGAGAGCGCCAACUUUGGAAUGAGCGACAACAGCAGACACAAGACCAACAACGACGCGUCCUCGAGAAUCAGCCUACUCAUGAGGAUCCCGAGCCAAACGGGGCUCGCCCCAUUUCUCAAGUUGUCUACUUUGGAUAUAGAAUCUUGCAUUCGUUGGGAUUU